AUGAUCCGCCUGUUCGCGAAGAUCUCCCUGAACAGGGUGAGGAUGAUGUGCCUCUGCUGCCGCGAGAACAUGAGAUAUGCAAAGCUGAGCGCAGUGAACUGUGGACUUUGUUCCAAGAGCUGCACCGUCCAUAGAAGGAAGGGGUGUUGGAAUGAGAUCAUGGAGUGGAGGCACAGUGCCGUUAGAUUGCGCCUACUGGAGAGAGCUGGGGAUACUGGGCCUAUCGGCGGACAACGACCUUCCACCAUGGGCCGGACAAUUCUUCUACGCGAGACUCUACCGGAAGCAAAUUUCCUUCAGCUCUUGCUCGGAACACUCAAUAAAUUCCGUGCAAUGCGGCUGGGACGGACUGCUGAUCGUUGA